UAAUAUUUCAGAGUCCUAUGAGUUAUUUAAAGUAAAUUUAUUUUGUAGAAUAUUAGCAAUCACUUUAUUUGUAUUUAUCUCAUUGAGUCAUGGCUGAAGCUAUAGAAGGCGAAGUUUGUGAUGAAAUCUUUAAUUCGGGCUCAGUUCAAAGUUUACUCGAAGAGCUCAUUGAAUCGAUAUAUGAAAAUCAAGAACCAAAGCAAACCGACCAAGAAAUGUACGAGCAGAAUCUGAUCGAAUCUACUUCUAACGUACAAGCCUUGAACUCUGAUUAUCAAUACAAAAAUCAACUACAUUCUUUUGGCAGUGAAGUAAGUUUUAACCUUAACAGUUUCGACCGAAAAGUGGCAGAUAUUUCGUCGAAGAACCUCAACAUAACAAGCUUGCCGACUUCGAUUUUGAAUCGAAUUUUCUAUUACAUAUCCUGCAAGGAUUUGGUGCUUAACGUUGCUCUUGUUUGCAAGAAGUUUCUGGCUCUUAUCGAAGACCCGAUUGUUUGGCGAUGUCGUUUGGCAGAAGAAUACAACAGGCCGUAUCCUUUGCUUCCGUUAGACAGUGAAACUUUCAGCGAUGUUCAUUAUUGGCAGAAAGCCUCAGUCAGUCAAGAAUCGAAUGCGCAAAUUUGGAAAAAGGGCAAAUACACUACGAAAACUUUCAAAGACGUUCAUUUUUCAGAGAUCGAUUCAGUAUGGCUUUCAACGGAGUCUCGCUUCGCUUUUUCAGGAGGAAGGGAUCGUCAAAUUGUACAAUGGGAUCUCUAUAAUGAGGCAAAUUCUAGAAAGUUCUUGGGACAUGCUGGAUGGGUUUGGAAUUUGAAAGGUUUGAAUGACAGAGACGAGAUGCUUGUUUCGGCCUCUUGGGAUAACACAGUUAAGUUCUGGAAUAUUGAAACCACCCAUUGUUUUCUGACUCACAAGUUAGGAAAUGCCGUUCUCUCUUUGGCCCAGUUUGACAAAGGCGAGAGGCGAGAUGUUGUGUAUUACAGUUUGUUCAACAGGAUCAUCGGAAGUUUCGACUCACGAUCGCCUGAAACGGGAACCACUAUCUCGAAGACUGAUCACCGGAAGGCUGUGUUAUGCCUGCAAACUUAUGGCCACAACUAUCUCUUCUCAGGCAGUGAAGAUUCGACUAUAAAAUGUUUUGACGUGCGAACAAAUAGUCUUGUGAAUCAAAUCAAAUUGAGAAACAUUGUGUUGUCAAUGUCGUGUAAAGAUGAGAUUCUACUUGCUAGCAGCAAAAAUGGAACGGUCUUUUGCAUCGAUCCUAAAACAUGUACAGUCUCUUACAAAUGGGAAAAUAUGCAUGAUCACAAUGUAACAUGUAUUCAAUACGAUUCAGGGGCAAUAAUAACAGGAUCGGGAGACAAGAAAGUGAAAAUCAGCGAGCCAUGUGUGGGCGGAGAGGUUGUUCGCACUCUUAGCGAUCACAACAUGUCAGUCACUGAUUUGAACUACAGAAAUGGCGUUCUAGUAACUGCAAGCUCUGACCAAACGGUGGUAGCCUACAUACCUGAAAAACUAGCUGAACUGGAGUAAUUGUUAAAAUAAUUUAUCAAUUUGUAAAAUAUUAGUGUACGAAAUGAUAAUUUAACUUCUGAUUAUGGUCAAUUUAUC